CGGGGAGAACACUCGUGCUCACGAACUGGGCCCCCCACCCCAAGCAGGAUGAAGCUUUUCUUCGUAGAACCUGCCAUUUGCCUCAGCGCAUUUGCGCUGACUUUGACCUCUCCCCUGACGACGCAGUACGUGUACAGGAGAAUAUGGGAAGACAGUGGCAACUACAGCAUGGCCUCGGCCAGCAACGUUUCUGACUGUGAUAAGAACAAGAGCAGCCCGAUUUUUGCAUUCCAGGAGGAAGUUCAGAAAAAGAUGUCUCUGUUUAAUCUGCAGAUAGACAUAAGUGGAUUAAUUCCCGGUCUGGUGUCCACCUUCAUCCUUCUGUCUCACAGUGAUCGUCGCGGACGAAAAUUCCCUUUGAUUCUGUGUUCCGCCGGAGCUCUGGCGACCAGCAUCUGGCUCUGUUUACUGUCCUAUUUUGCCUUCCCAUUCCAGCUUUUGAUUGCAUCUACCUUCUUUGGGGCACUUUGUGGCAAUUCUAUCACAUUUUUCGGAGCCUGUUUUGCCUACAUCGUUGAUCAGUGUAAAGAAGAGAAACACAGAACGAUUCGAAUAGCCCUCACUGACUUCUUACUGGGACUCGUUACCGGGCUAACGGGGCUGUCUUCUGGCUACUUCAUUAGGGAACUGGGUUUUGUGUGGUCCUUUUUCAUUAUUACCGUGGUUCUCACCGUUAACUUGAUUUAUAUCGUGUUCUUUCUCGGCGAGUCAAGGGAAGAGUCUCCGUUUCAGAACGUUUCCGUAUCGUGUUAUGAAGGCUUUAAAAACCUAUUUUACCGAACUUACAUGCUUUUUAAAAAUGCUUCUGGUGUGCGACGGUCCUUGCUCUGUUUGCUGCUUUUUACAACGAUGACUUAUUUUUUCAUGAUAAUGGGCGUUUCCCCCAUUUUUAUUCUCUAUGAAUUGGACUCUCCGCUCUGCUGGAAUGAAGUUCUCAUAGGUUACGGAUCAGCUUUGGGUAGCGCCUCGUUCUUGACUAGUUUCCUCGGAAUAUGGAUUUUUUCUUACUGUAUGGAAGAUGUUUACCUAGCCAUCAUGGGGACCCUCACCACCAUGGCGGGAAUGGUGAUGACUGCUUUUGCCAAAACGACAUGGAUGAUGCUUCUAGUCAGGCUGCCCUUCCUUUUCACAUUCGUGCCGCUGUCUGUGCUACGGUCCAUGAUGUCAAAAGUGGUUCAUUCUACUGAAAUAGGUGCCCUGUUCGCUUGUACUGCUUUCUUAGAAACACUGGGCGGAACCAUUGCAGUUUCUACUUUCAAUGGAAUUUACUCCGCCACGGUUGCGUGGUCCCCAGGCUUCGUCUUCCUGCUGUCGGCCGCUCUGUUACUCAUCCCACUGGCCAGUCUAUGCGUUGUUAAGUGCGCCAGCUGGGACAAGAGAGGCGACGUGCUUCUCGUCCAGGAAGAAGCCAGCGAGGACACCUCGGACAGCUGACACCGUGGUCUUUGGAAAACGCACGUAGCGCGUAUUCUGACUUCUGAGACACACGCGCUCGCCCCGACGGCCGAUGCUGCGGCCUCUGCCCCAGGCUCACUGCGGCACCGCGCGCUGCGGGCACUUGAUGAGAACCGUGCUUGGUAUUUCCAUACAGAGGAGAACAAAAUCCGACAUGCUUCCCCGUUUUGGAUUUACAAAAGAAACGGAAACUUAACGGUAUCAGGAGGGCUGACGCGGCUCCACACGAUCAAAAGCAAUAAUGCCCUCAUGUGUCCGGUCUCACAUUGAGACCAGAGAGAGCUCGGUAACCUCAGCUUCUUCAUCUGCAGAAUGGGUUCUGACCCCUCCCAAGGAUUCUGAAGGCUCAGCUGUUGAAAAUUAUGAUGAAUCAUUCACUGAUAGGAAAAUAAUAGAAGCUUCAAAUGUUUAUCAUUUUACCUCUACUUGGGUAAACGCUUUUUUAUAGAGCCCAUCGAGGUGCUGCUGAUACCGACAGCUUUUAAUAGAUGCAAAGUCCUUAAAACAGAAGGACUUUAAAGAAUAUGUAUUUUCACUUUGCCUGAUAUGUUUCAUCAGUGACAGGCAUGGUAAUAUUUUAUUUUUAUAUGUAACAAAGCGGUGUUACAUAUACUUCUAUAUGUAAUAAAAAAAUGUUAUAAAAUGGAA